GUUUUGUUUUGUGCAAUUCACUUUUUUCUUCGUUCCAAUUAUUGUAGGCUUUAUUGAUUGUAAUUUCAAUUUAGUAUGCUAUUGGUUUUGAGAAAAAGUUAUGAUCUUAAUUGUAAUUCGACUUUUGUUGUUUUGAGUGCGUGUGUGUUUGCAUUUCGUUCUCUUGUGGAUGUUUGAGGAAUCAAUUUUUUUUUGAUAUUGAUUGAAUUUUGACAUUUUUUUCCUCCAUUUUCCGAAAUUUAAUUAAUUUAAUUGAAUUUCGGUUUCUGGUAAUCAUGAAGUAGUAAAUGCUAAAUAUUCAACACGAUGCUUAUUUGUUGGGCUAGAUAUAUUAGUUUGUCGUGAUAAUAUUUAUAUGGAAUUAAUAAUUAAUAAUGUGCGAACUUGUAAUGGAUGGAGAACUAGCUAUACUCCUUGUUUGUAGAGAUUUAGUGAGGAUCUUUUUAGAGUUUGUGCUGUUGCCAUUGAAGAUUUUCGCGAAUUGCAAUCCUCAUGCCAAUUGUUGUUUUCCUCGCUUUGAGAACAUAUUUAAAUCCUUACACAUAGUAGACAUUAUUAUCCAACAGUCGACAAUUUAAACGUUGCCAGAAUUUCUUUAGAAGGCCUGUAUGGAAUGGGUUUAUUUUUUUUUUCCAGGAAAAGAGGCGGUGAAUUAAUGGAGUAUAAUUUGCUUGUAGUAUAGACAGAUGAAUUUUGUUAUUUCAUUGAGGAGUUGUUUGAUGCAUUCGUUCUGGUUUUUGAUUGGUAGUUCAACUGAUUGACGACGAUAAUUUUUUUGAGUUCUCAUUAAGGUUAUAUUAGGUUAUCUGCUGCACUCUGGGAUGUGCCUACUAUACUUUAAUUUAGGGUUGAUUAGUGUUGCACACAUUCGUAGUGUACGUUGUGUCGUCUUGAUCUUUCAAAAAAGUAUGCCAGUAUUUAGUGCCUUCUAAGACAGGUUUAGGCUCUAGAUUGCCUGCUAUUUUACUUUAGUUGUGAUUCAUCACCGUACACUUAACAGCUUUAUGAUGCUUAUUGAGCUGUUGAACAACUUGAUAAGCUGUGGAAUUUGUGUAUUGUCUUAGGAUUAACCAGCUUAAUCAAGUAUCAUGAAGAAUAGUUUGGCUAUGUUUGCACCAGUAGCCCUGCACAUUUACAUGUAAACAGCUGAUGAAUAAUCCAACUUACAAAUUUAUAAUGUUUAACUUCUAAAAUCAUUUUCGUUCUAGUUUGAGUAGUAAGUCCACUAAGUUGAAAUGGUUUUCCGUAACAGACAGCUAACUUAAUACAACCAUAUAAUAUGUGCCAAACAGCAUAUACUAGCAUUAUGAGUAACAAGUCAGAAGAUUAUGUCUUGCUAUCCCUUGAGUAUAAGUUUCCCAUUUUUUUAAAUUAUCACAAAUGGUUUUUCUCUCGUGUUUUUUUGUUUUCAAUCUAUUUUUCAGUCUCUUGUAGUCUGGAACUAAAACAUCAUGUUCAAGCUACUGGUAAAUACAAUCUUGGCAAUUCCAUAAUUCAAUUCUUUAAACUUAAGAAUCUUUUCUCCUGCUAAAUUUGAUCUAGUUGUAAUUCUGGUUCAAGGGUUUAAAUAGUUUUCAAGGAGUAAUACAUCGGGUAAAGGUUAUGUUCUUAGUAAUCGAAAGUCAUUUUCCUGUGUAGUUUGAUCCAAGGUUUACAUUCAUUUUGUUCCAAAGUUCUUUGAUGUGGAUAUCUUGAUAAGUAAGGGAAUAUGUUAGCUCUUUGGGUUCACUUCCUUUUUUUUUGGCACCUUUUGUUCGGUUGUUAAUACCAAAUUUUUCAAGAGACAAUUUGAAGGAAGUGUCUUCCGAUGCCUCUCUGACGCAGAGGUGAAUCGGUGAGGGAGAGCAGAAAUUUCCUGCAUGACUAUUGAGUAUUGUAACUUCAAUAGAGGUCAGUGAAGACUAUUACCUAUGAGUCCUUGAACAACAUUGUUAGAUUGAUAAAUGGCAUCUCAGCUCUUCUGCUGACUUUUUUGCCUGGAAAGGCUUCUAUUUUGGAAGGUAUUCAAGGCUGGGAACUGAGACCUACUUUUCGUGGACCUCGACUUCCACGGUGGAUGGGAAAUGGUGUUUCUUCUUUCAACCAGUUGAUUCAUGAUCUAUCUGUGGACUCUGAUGGCUCAAGUGUGGAGUUCUCUUCUGGGGAAGAGGAUGAUGGUUACUCUUCUCCUGCAUCGCCUGGAUCUCAAAGUUCACGUGUUUCUUGGGCAAGCAGUGUGAGGGAGUAUGAUAAGCAUCAAACAUUAAUUGGGUACUUACUUUCAUGGAUAUUAUUCCCCUUCAAGCUCUUGUUUGGUUUGCCUAUUUGGUUCUUUCGUCUUCUAUUUUCAAGAGGAAGUUGGUCCUCAAAUUCCCCGCGUGCUUCUUCUAUUCCUUCGCCUAGAAAGUUGCCGAGCCUGAGGGAUCAUUUUGUUCACCGUGCUACUGAUCGCAGAAGAGGAGUUAUUGAGGAUCUUCAUCUAGCCACUGAAAUUUGCAUAGAAGCUGCUUUUGAUGCUGUUCACAAGGCAGCACAUUUUAUACUUUCUCCGUCAGAGGCUUUCAGAAUACUUUCUGGAUGGGUUUUUCCUCAAUGGAGUAGUAGUGUUCAUGUUCACGAGUCGGAUGAAAAUGUUCCUACAUCUAUACUUGGAGAAGAUGAUUCGGCUCCUACUGAGAGGAAAAUAUCAUUUCACCCCCUUAAUACUGAUGCAAGAACUUGUCAAGAUGUCAUCACAGAACUUGGGUAUCCGUAUGAAGCUAUCCAUGUGGUUACAGAGGAUGGGUAUAUUCUUCUUAUGGAAAGAAUCCCAAGACAUAAUUCAAGGAAGGCAGUUUAUUUGCAGCAUGGAGUCUUUGAUUCAUCUAUGGGUUGGGUGUCCAAUGGAGUUGUGGGCUCUCCUGCUUUUGCAGCUUUUGAUCAAGGCUAUGAUGUUUUUCUUGGGAAUUUCCGGGGAUUGGUUUCUAGGGAACAUGUUGACAAGAACAUUUCGUCAAGACAGUAUUGGCGGUACUCCAUUAAUGAACAUGGCACUAAGGACAUACCUGCUAUGAUAGAGAAAAUUCAUGAAGUGAAAACAUUUGAAUUGAAGUUACGUUACCCCGACUUUGAUGAAGAAAACAGUGAUCAGCAGCCAUAUAAUCUUUGUGCAAUUUGCCACAGCUUAGGAGGAGCUGGCAUUCUUAUGUAUGUCAUCACACGUCGCAUAGAGCAGAACGCUCAUAGACUGUCAAGGCUGAUAUUACUAUCACCUGCAGGUUUCCAUGAUGAUUCAAACCUUGCUUUCACCUUAGUUGAGCAUAUAUUCAUUGCUUUGGCCCCCAUCCUGGUUAAAUUUGUGCCUGCUUUCUAUAUCCCUACUCGAUUUUUUCGUAUGCUGCUGAAUAAGUUGGCACGUGACUUCAAUAACUACCCUGCUGUGGGUGGCCUGGUUCAAACUCUGAUGAGUUAUGUUGUUGGAGGAGACAGUUCUAACUGGGUUGGGGUCCUCGGUUUACCCCACUACAACAUGAAUGACAUGCCUGGAGUGUCAUUCUAUGUUGCUCUUCAUUUGGCACAGAUGAAACGAUCCGGCAAGUUUAGGAUGUUUGAUUAUGGAAAUCCAGAAGCUAACCUGCAGGUUUACGACUCUCCGGAGCCACUGGAUCUGGGGGAAUAUUUUAAUCUUAUUGAUAUUCCUGUAGAUCUGGUUGCAGGUCGGAAGGACAAGAUCAUACGUCCAUCGAUGGUAAGAAAAUAUUAUAAGUUGAUGAAAGAAGCUGGAGUGGAGGUUUCAUACAAUGAAUAUGAAUAUGCUCAUCUGGACUUCACGUUCUCUCAUCGAGAAGAACUAUUGGCAUAUGUGAUGUCUCGUUUACAGCUUGUCAAAUCUACUCCAAAGAGACAACUAAGUAGCCAAGAUAGAUGUUUGAAGAAGGAAUUACAUGAGCAUUCCGAUUAAUGGCACAGUUCAAAGUGUCUUGCAUAUGUUGUGGCAGUUGUUAUAUAAUGUGUUGAAGUUGUGUUGAUUGGUGUAGUGUACAUAAUUAUAGUUGAGUCUGUUGUAUGACAUUGUAGGUUCAGGAUGGGUACUUUUGUUGGCUUUUAACUUCCCUGUUGUUUUAUGUUUACAAGGAAGCUGGAAACUUAAUGGAAGGAAUAAGUCGACCUCAUAAAUUUGUAAUUAGACUUUUAUGCUUUGUUUCGAUUGAAGGAAAUGGAGGAAAAAUGAAGGAUAGGAAUAAGGAGGGAGGGAGACAGAGGGGAGGGAAUAAGACGAAGAAUAUUCGUUACAUUUUGUGAAAAAUGAAUCUUUCAUGUAAUUUCAAAGGAGAAUUCAUUCAUCUUCCCUUCCCUUUCCUUUUCUUUUUCUUAUCCAUGUAUUCUUAGAAGGUUAGAGCAUUGUUAGAAAGGAAUAAUGACUAAUGUUAUAAUAAUAAUAAUAAUAAUAAUAUAUGGUGUUUUGCUUCUUUUUAA